AUGCUGACGCGUCUGCUGCAGCACUGCGUGCGUGAGGUGGCGCUGGACGGCGAGGAGGGCUCGGACGUCGAGCGCCUCUUUUCGUUCGUCGAGGCGUUCUGCGCGCAUCUGCCGGAGGACGCGCGGCCCGUGCUGGACGGGGCGUACCGCGCCUUUGUCUGGCGCACGCUCCUCCAUGACGCGCGUGUGCAUGUCGGUGUGGCGGUGCGCAAGGGCACGUCGCGCGGCCAGCAGCGUUCCUCGAUUCUCGCCAAGGGGCGCGAGGCGUCGUCCGCGCCGACGCCGAUCAAGUCUGGCGCCCUCGAGGCGCUCGUCGAGGCGCACGGCGAUGCGCUGCGCGUGUACGUUGACGCUGAGCUCGUGCGGCGCACGCUGACGGGCACAGAGGCGCCGUUUGCCUCGGCUGCCGCGUACGUGGCGCUGCAGCAUGUGUACCGUGCCCGCGAGCGCGGCGUCACGGUCGUGGACCUCGGCGCGCGCACGCACUACGACCCAAAGACCGUGUACUACCUGGUCAAGCUGCUGCUGGAGCGCGAGCUGGUGGCCAAGUUUACGGCGCGCGAGACGGGCGAGGUGUCGAACUAUGUUGUGGGGCGCCCGUUUCUCGCGCACAAUGCGCUGUGGCAGGCGCAGCAGCGCGCGGCUGGACCGAGUGAUGUCGGCACACCCACGUGGGUCGAUCUCGAUACGAUCGCGAGCGAGUGGGACGAUGCGCCGAUGACAGGCGAGGCGGACGAGGACGAGGCGGGCGCGCUGGCGAUGCCGCCGCUUGAUCCGCACGACGGCGACGUGCUCGCGUACCCGAUGCUCUCGGACGAGCAGAGUGCGGUGUGGCUUCAUUCGCGCCAGGAUUUGCUCUCGGAGCGCCUCGCUCGCAUGCUGCGCAUGUCGCCCUCGCACAUGACGCCGCGGCGGUACUUGCCUACGCGCCUGGGCCUGCGCCGCGUGCCGACGCUGCGCCGCGGCUUUCUCGCCUUUCUGCACCACCACCUGUCGGCCGGGCACAUUGAGCGUGUGCGUGUGCAAUUCGCGCAUGCGACGCCUCUGUACGUCCGCGCGACGGACGCGUGGCUCGGCGGCGGCGGUGGCGCACGCGCCGCGGCGGCGCCUGCGUCCGCGGCCGCCGCGCGCGUCCCGCUGCGCUACGAUGCGACGCUCGAGUACCAGCUGCUGACGCUGAUCGAUGCGUACGGCGCGCAUGGCUGCACGAUGCACGAGCUCGCGCAGCGCUUGGGAUGCUCGUCGGAGGUCAAGCGCAUGGUCGAGCAGAUCCUGUCGCGGCAGGUCGUGCGGACGCCGCCGCCGUACGCGGCGCUCGCUGUGUGUGCGCCGUUUGAGCAGAGUGGACGCGAGCGCCGUAUCCGCUACUAUACGGCGCGGGGCUUUGCGGCGCGGUGUGAGGCAGAUGGUCUGUCGAUGAGCACCGCGCUCGGCGUGGGCGACGCGUCUGCGCCCGCCGCGCCUGUGCCGCCGGUGCCGGACACGCUGCCGAGCGAGUGCACGUUCCCGGACGCCGCGACGCUCGCUGCGACGCUGCCGACGGUCGGUGUGUCGACGGGCUUCUUCCGCGACGUGCCGGGCCCCGUCGUGCUGCGCGGCGCGAAGCGCACGGCGCCGACGGACCCUGCGACGGGGCGCGCGAAGCGCGGGCGACCGCGCAAGGGCGAGGUGCGGCCAAAGCCGAUCAAGAGCGAGGCGGCUUCGCCGCUGCCGCCGGCGCCGGCGCCGGCGCCGCGAGCGCCUGAGCCGCGCUCGAACCUCAGCGUGUUUCAGCGCGUCAAGCUGCUGACGCAGGUGCUGGCGCAGGCCGGCGGCGCGCUGGACGAGGUCGAGAUCCCGCGUCGGACGCGCAUGUACCUCGAUGCGGGGCCGGCGGCGAGCGCGGCGGGCGGCGACCUGUCGGACCGCACGACGCGGACCAAGACGAUCGAGGAGGCGCAGCGCCGCGGCGUCGUGCGCACGAUCAAGGUGCCUCGCACGGAUGAUGCACAGAGGCCGCGCACGCUGCUGCAUCUCACGCAUCUGUCGCCUGACGCGCUGCAAGAGGCGCUGCGCUCCGCGACGUCGACGCCCGAGACGCGGGGCGUCGUGGCGUAUGCGGACGUCAAAGCGGAGCACGCGGGUCUGUCGACGACCGAGGCUACGGCGCCGUGGCUCGACACGACGCCUGUGACGUAUGGCCACGACGACCCGCUCGACGACGCGUCGACGCAGCGUGCGUUUGCGCGGCACUCGCAUCUGCUGCGGCAGUACUAUGGCUUUCCGCACGGCUCGGCCGCGCGGCUCCAGCUGUUUGACGAGGCGGCGCAGACCGCCGCGGGCGAGGACCGCGUCUUUUCGCUCGCGUAUUUCGUCCACGAGGCGCCGCUGCGCACGCUCGUGGCGCUCGUGCCCGUGCGCCUGACGACGCCGGCCGUCGUGCGCGCCGUGACGGCCGCGACGAGCGCGCGUGUCGAUGCGGUGCCGGCGCCGGUGGCGCGGCGCCUCGGCCUCGGCCGGCAGCGGGCGCAUCGGCAGCGGCUCGCGACGUAUGCGGCGCAGCUCAUCGAGCUCGGCCUCGCGGAGAGCGUUGGCGACGAUCGCUACCGCCUCACGACGCGCGCGCCUGUGCCGCGCUGGCCGCCGAGCGAGAGCGACGUGCGCGACGUGUCGACGCCCGCGCAGCGGCAGGCGUACUGGGCCGCCGUGCGCUCGGCCGUCGACGCGUCCGAUCCGAAGCGCGUGCCGUCGUACCUGGCCGCGCCGCAUGCGUGGCGCGAUUCGUUUGCGCUGCGUGGCGUGCAAAAGGCGUUCCUGCGGCGCUACGCGUGGCCUCUGCCGCCCGACGCGCUCGAGCGACUCGCCGCGGCCGUCUUUGCGCCGCGCGCCGCCGUCGAGGCAUUCUUCGUGAGCCGCACGUCGCGCGCGCACUCGACGGCCGCGUCGAUGGCGCACAAGGUCGCGGCGCGGCAGGCGCAGCGCACGCACGAAUGGGACGCGGCGCUCGCGGACGUCCGGCAGCACGGCCCGCCUGAGGCCGGCGAGCCGCGAGCGCUCGCGCAGCUCGCGCACAAGUACAUCCACGGACGCGAAACGGUGACGCCCGCCGCGCUGCGGCAGCGCAUCGCCGCGGCACUCGGCAUGCACCGCCGCGUGCGCACGUCGACGACGCGCGGCCGCCGCCGGUCGCGCGCGUUUGUGUGGACGCCGGAGCAUCAAGCGACGCUGCGCGAUGCGCACGUCAUCCUCACGCAUCGGCAGCGCGCGUGGCGCGCGAUGCACGGCGCCGCGGCGCUCGCGGACGACUGGUCCGCGCUGCACCAGCUCUUCUCGCCGGACGCGCCGCCGUCGGAAGCGGCCGCGUGGCGCGCACGUCGGCGGCAGCUCACGGCCGCGCCGCACGAGCAGGUCGGCCUGAUGCUGGUCGAGCGCGCGUGGCACGACGUCGCGGCGCGCGGGCGCGCGGACGGCACGCUGCCUGAUCCCGCGUGGCCGCAUCCGUCGUCCGUGGAUCUGCGCGCGCACAUCGCAUACUUGCGGCAGCACAUGGAUCGCGCGCAGCUGCUGCAGGCGCACGCCGAGGAGGCGGCGCGCACCGUCCUGCCCCGGCGCCUCACCGCGCAGGACGUGGCGGCGUGGACGCCGGUCGUGCCGCGCCGCCCGUCCCUCGUCGACGACACGAGCGCGCCGAUGGUGCACCGCCUGCAGCAGAUGCGCACGACCGCUCGGUCGGUGCGCGCGAUCGAGCAGCCCGUCGGCGCCGAAGCGUCGUGCGCGCUCGCGACGAUGCUCGUCCCGACGCACGUAUCGCGCGCCGAGCUCGCGACGUGGACCGAGCUCGUCGGCGCCGAGCGACUCGAGCGCGCGAUCGCGCUGGCCGUCGAGCGCCGCAUCCUCCAGCAUGCGGACGGCACGCUCACGUACACGGACGAGCGGCAGCGCGCGCUCUCGACGUCCGUGCCGGCCGUCCACGCCGCGUAUCGCCGCGCGCAGGCGGCCGGGCGCGUACAGGUGCAUCCUGCCGCGACAGAGAGCGAGACGGCCGCGUGGCUCUCGCUGCUCGAGACGCGCCGCGUGCAUGCGUCGCUCGACAUGGCGCCCCUCGCGGCGCUGCGCCGCCGCCCGAAGCUCAAUGCACGCACGCUCGAUGACGUCGAGACCGAGUGCCGCCUCACGCUCACGUGGGACGCACUGCCGCCGCUGCCGGACGUCCGGCCGCCCGACGCGCUCGUGCUCGGCGUCUCGUCCGCGCUCGCCGCCGCGCUCGAGCGCGCCGGGCCGUCGGGCAUGCCCGCCUCCGACGCGCCGCUCGACGCAGGCGCGCACCGCGCCUUUAUCGUCGAGGGACCGCGCCUCGUGCACGAGCGCUUCGCGGCGUCGUGGCAGGUGCCGACGCUGCGCGGACCGCCCGUGUGGCCGCGCGCAUGGCUCGACGUGCACGGCGACACGCACUGGCCCGUGUGGCACGCGCGCGUCGCGCACGUCCUCGCGCGCGUGAGUGCGCGGCCCGGCACGUCCGUCGAGGCGCUCGUCGCCGACGCCGACCGCCUCGAGGUGUACGACGUGGUGCGUGCGUGCGCGGACGCCGGGUGCAUCGCGAUCCGCGGCGCGGCGCCGUUCCUGCGGCCGCGCGACGCGUACGUCGUGCCAUGUUCGCCGUGGUUCAUGUAG